UAUUUUUCCCCGCGGACGUUUAACCGCUUCGAGAGGGACGGGCUGGGGAGGAUAAACGGGCGGACGUUCAUGGAGUUCGUCGUCAGGCACGUCGCGCUGACGCAGUCGCGGAUUAACUUGGGGUGCCACGACGCGGACGCGGACGGGUGGCUCACCGAGGACGAGCUCGAGGCGUUCGUGGGAAGGUCGGUCACGACGAUGGCGGCGCUGCAGUCGCUCACCGCGGGCUUCAUGAAACAAUACUCGCGGAUCGCGACGCGACGGUUCAUGUUCUUCGACGACCCGAGGCGACGCGGAAAGGCGCGGAUAUCGAACCUGCUCUCCGGGGACGCGCUCGCGGACUUCAACGAGCUACACGCCGCGAGAGAGGACGACCCGAGCCUGGAUAAAAAUUGGUUCUCGCUCGCAUCCGCGCAACGCGUGUACAAAUCCUUCCUCGACUUGGACCUCGACAUGAACGGGACUCUAUCCAAGGCGGAGUUCAAGCGGUACACGUUCGACGUGCGCAUCGCGGACGCGUGCAACGCGCAGGGCUUGACCGACGUGUUCGUGAACCGCCUGUACGAGGAGCACUCCCGCCGCGGAUCCGUUCGUCGCGCAAUCGCGUCCGAGAUGGACUUCACCGCGUUUCUGGACUUUGUCCUCGCGUGGAGCGAUAAGAACCACCCCGCGAGCUUGGCGUACUUUUUUCGCGUGUUGGACGUGGACAAGCAAGGGUACCUGACCAACAUGGAGAUUUGGACGUUUUUGAAAUCCGUGCACGUGACGUGGACGUCGGACCCGGAGAACUACGACCUGAACAUGCUGGACGUCCGCGACGAGAUCUUCGACAUGGUCAAACCCGCGGUGGAGGGGAGGAUCACGCUGGAGGAUCUCAAGCGGUGCGGGUGCGCGCACACGGUGAUUGAGAUUCUGUGCGAUCACACCGGGUUUUGGCGGUACGACAACCGCGAGAGUUUACCGCACGACGACGAGGAGGAGGAAGAGGAGGACGACAUCGUCGAGCUCAUGGACGACGACGGGAUCAAGUUUUAG